AUGCCAACUCUCUGGAAACAGAUCGUGUUCUCCUUCGCUUCCAUACUCAGCAUCGGCUCUGUGGUGCUUCUGGUCGUGGCGCUGGCCACGGAGCGCUGGGUCACCGGGACCACGCUGUGUCAGACCGGGGUGGAUCUGGUGAACGCGUCGAGGCCGGAGCUCGAGCAGUUCACGGGACACAUUUACUACGGCCUCUUUCAGGGCGGGAAAACACGAAGAUGCGGGCUCGGGAUCCGCCGCUCCAAAAUAUACAUUUUCCCAAGGCUCAUCAAAAAAAUCAACAGUGGUCUUCACAUGAUCAUUAUUUUCUUCCUUUUCACUGCUAUUGGCUUUGCAGUGGUCAGUUUAGCUUUCUGUAUAUAUAACGCCAGAAAAGUUCCUUAUCAGUCUAUUAAAGGACCUUUUGGCCUCUACAUCUGGAAUUUCACUGCAGCUCUGUUCAGUGCAAUGGGCUUUGCGUGUUUCCUUGCAGCAAUCCAGUGCCAUCAGCUCACAGAACAUGUGGCUAACUACCGUGAGAGCCUUUUCACCCUCGUGAUCCUCGAGGAAAAUCUUGGCUUCUCCUUCUGGUUGUGCGUUGCCAGCGCCGUAACCCAUGGAGCUAACAUUCUUGUUGUAGCCUCCAGUAAAAUUCAUCUGCCUAAAAUACAGACUAAGAAACCAGAGGAACCCACGGCCACCGGAGAUGACUUUCUCUACUGAAGAAGGAUACGCUAAAUGUGAAGUCUGUGGAGGAGGCUGUGCAUAGAGCCAAACAGAGUGUGUUCAUGUGAACUAACAUCAACUGAACCUGAGGUGACUUACGGGGUGAUAUAAGGUGAUUUACGACUAUGAACUGUGGUAGUCAUGAUGUAACUGUGCUUUCUAUGAGACAGCUUUAUUAUGUGACAAAUACAUAAAAGGAGAAUCGCUUGAAUAUGCCGUUUGUUGUGGAGGACAGCAAAAGCUUUUGACUGACAAAGCUUAUGGACAACGGCAUUAAAGUACGACACUGUGCAUGUAAUUUAAAAAACGUUACAAGUUAUAUAUGUCUCACCUAUUUUCUAGAGCUGUAAAAUGUACAAAACAUAACAAUGAACAACUACUGUCUGAUAUAUAAGAAAAAUUUAUUUAU